GCAACAUGUGAAGUGAUAAAAUGAUAACGUGUCCUUUUUCUCAUCCAUAUAAAAAUUGCUUCUUUAUUCCAGAGUUUGCAGACUCGCGCCAUUGCUGCAAACUGCGGGCUCUGCAGUAUAAUCUCAAUUCAUGAGAAUUUGAUCUGAAGAAACACAAGGAAUUGCCGCUUUAUUAUGUGUGGAUGUUAAAUUUUGCUUGUCAAAAAUCUCUAAGAGCUUUCCAUCCGGUGGAAAUACAGGUUUCAGUCGGUCAGUUCUUAAUAUAGACUCAUGCAAAGACUAAGCGUUCUUGAUUGGCAGUGUAACUUGAGUUUUAGAAGCAUAAAUCUACUACGUGAUGAAUCAGCCCAUACAUUGCUUAAUUCAUUUUCCUGUAGAAGUAACAUCGAAUCAUCUCAUUCAAAGGCAAGACUUCGUUCAGAACUUAGACAUGCUGAUCUGAAUAUCACACUUCAAAGUCUAAUGCGUCAAUGCUCAGAAAUUCAGAGCACGGUUCAUGACAACAUUGAUGAACUACUUGAUGAAGAGGACGAGGUAUGUCCUGUUGAAUGUGUGAGAGAAUUUAAGACUGAUGAGGAAUUCUCCAUGGUACUGGAAAAAGCGAAAAAGACCGGUGCUUUGGUUGUGGUAGACUUCUACCGCACCGCCUGUGGGAGCUGCAAGUACAUAGAGCAAGGGUUUGUAAAAUUAUGCAGGAGAGCUGGUGAUGAACAAGCACCAGUUAUAUUUUUAAAACACAAUGUGAUCGAUGAAUAUGAUGAACAAUCUGAGGUUGCUGAACGACUGCGAAUCAAGACAGUACCCCUUUUUCACUUUUAUAAAAAUGGAGUCCUAUUGGAAGCUUUUCCAACUAGAGACAAAGAAAGGAUACUUGCAGCUAUUUCUAAAUACACUGCUCCUGCUCCGGCGGAUGCUUGAACUGGUCUGGUUUUCACUUGCUUCUGCGUAAUGUUAGUGCUUCUGUAUAAUCAUUCUUGGUGCUCAGCACACAUUGAAACAAUUUCCUUUUUCCUUAAACUUACCCAUCUGUAUUAUAAUACCUUUGUAUUUGUUGUUCUACUUAUAAUAAGAAUUUAUACUGCAUAUUCUUGUAUAUUGACCCUACUUCUAAGGUAGGGGUAAGGUCUGCGUACACCCUAUCCUUCCCAGACUCCACUUGUGGGAAGAUUACACUGGGUAUGUUGUUUUGUUGUUGUUGUACUCUUGUAUAUUGAAAUUAUUGAUAGUCCUUAAACUA